GCAGAGCAUCGCCGGCAGGGACAUGGGCAAGGCGCGGACUAUCCUUCUUUUGGCAGCAGUGGCAGCCAUGGCGGGUGCUGCGACGGCGCAGUUGGCGUGGUGGCAGUCCGGCGUCGUCUACCAGAUCUACCCCAAGUCCUUCAAGGACAGCGACGGCGACGGAGUCGGCGAUAUCAACGGUGUGAUUGAGAAGCUGGACUACCUUAAGAGCCUGGGUAUAGCGGCGAUAUGGCUGUCACCCAUUUUCAAAUCUCCGAUGGCUGAUAAUGGAUACGACAUUUCGGAUUUCCGAGACAUCGACCCGACGUUCGGCACCAUGGCGGACUUCGAAGCGCUUCUGGAAGCUGCCCACGAGAGAGGUAUCAAGGUGGUCCUGGACUUCGUUCCCAACCACUCCAGCGACGAGCACGAGUGGUUCAUAGCUUCUAGUGAUCCAACACACGAGAACUACGAGAAGUACAAGGACUACUACGUGUGGGUAGACGCCAAGGAAGACGGAUCAGUGCCCAACAACUGGCCCAACCAGUUCGACCAGCAGACGGCGUGGGAGUGGAACGAGGCCCGCCAGCAGUACUACCUGCACCAGUUCCACAUCAAGCAGCCCGACCUCAACUACAGGAACCCUGAGGUCCUCGCCGAAAUGGAGGACGUGCUGAGGUUCUGGCUGGACAAGGGCGUGGACGGCUACCGCAUGGACGCGGUGCCGCACAUGGUGGAGAAGGCUGGCUUCCCAGACGAGAUCCCGGGCGACCCUGACCAACCGUACAAGCACCAGCCGGAGACCUAUGUCAUCAUACAAGAGUUCCGCUCCGUCGUCGACGAGUAUGAUGACAGGACGAUGAUGACCGAGGCCUAUGGCACGGUGGACCAGAUUAUGGGCUACUACGGUAACGCGACAAAUCCUGGGGCUGACUUCUCCUUCAACUUCGUGCUCAUCACCGACCUCAACGCCGAAUCCACUGCUGAGGACUUUGUCGAAAUCAUCGGUAACUGGAUCGAUGUUGUCAACCAACGUGGAGUGUGGUCCAAUUGGGUGAUCGGCAACCACGACCAGCACCGCGUGGCCAGCCGGUACAGCCCAGAGCUGGUGGACGGGAUGAACAUGCUGGUGACGCUGCUGCCGGGAACCGCCGUCACCUACAACGGAGAAGAGAUCGGCAUGGAGGACAACUACAACAUGACGUGCGAGGUGGCCCACGACCCUCAAGGCUGCUUGGACGGCGUCACUCUCGGGAACUCCAGAGACCCAGAGAGGACGCCCUUCCAGUGGGACGAUACCAAGAACGCCGGCUUCAGCACCGGCGACUCGACCUGGCUGCCAGUGAACGAGAACUACGUCACGCUGAACGCCGCGGCCCAGGAGCAGGCCGAUAGGAGCCACCUCAAGACCUACCGCCAGCUGGUGGCGCUGAGGCAGGAAUCAGCUGUGCAGACUGGCGCCAGCGCAGUCAAGAGUUCCGGCACCGUCUUUGCGUUCUCCAGGACUGCGACUGACGGCACCGAAGUGGCUGUGGCUGUGAACUUGAGCACCGAACCAGCCAGUGUGGAUCUCGUCAGCGUGCUUGGCCUGUCCAGCAGCUCUUUCGUCGUCAGCGCCUCCAGUAUAUCCAGCCCACUGCUGCAGGGCUCGGCGGUGGAUGCCUCUUCGCUAACGCUCUCUGGCCACGAGUCUGUGACCAUCAUUACGGCGCCGACCAAGAUCCGGAGGAAGUAAGUGAGCUCCACGGGCGCACCCUCCAGUCGAUGGGAUCCUGCCUCACUUUCUACAACUUUCUGGAAUCUGCCUGUUACAAACAUCAUUAUUGAGAGUUUUUGUAAUGCUACGCCAGUGUGACAUGACAUUAACUACUCUUGUUU